AUGCAGUAUGGCUAUCAGACUCAUAGUUUCACCCUUGAAGAACGAACAGAGGGGACAGUACUGAUGAAAAUGAUUGAAUGGCCAAAGACUCCCGAUACCAGUGUGCCCUUUAGGAAAAGCAGCGACCCAUUGCAUACUUGCUUUAUCAUUUUAAAUCCUGAGAAGACUUUCCACGUUGGAGAUAAAUUGCGGGUGUUGCUGCGAAUGUUUGACUAUGACGGAAAUCCAAAACAAUAUGGAGGUGACUAUCUGCAAGCGCGGAUUCACACCCCAGAGGUAAAGGCUGGUUCAGCAGGGACAGUUAUAGAUAACCAAAAUGGAUAUUAUUACAUUAAUUUUACUUUAUCCUGGCCGGGAAAAGUCCAAGUGUCAGUUUCCCUCGUUCAUCCCAGUGAAGGGGUCAAAGUACUAAAACGGCUGCGUGAAGAACGACCAGAUCGAAUUUAUAUGCAAAGCACUUUCAAAGCUGGAGCAAUUUCAAAGACUACUGUUUGCAAUCUGUUUUUAACUCCAACUAAACCACUAUGUAACUUUACUGAUAUCAGGACAGGAGAGCCUUGGUUCUGUUACAAACCAGAAAAUCUUCCGUGUUCUACUCGAAUCAAUCAUGCUCGAGGUGGAGUUAUAAGGGAUGUUUUAAUUGGAGAAGAGAGGGUUUUUUUCCAAAGGUAUUCCACCUACAUUUUAUCUUUUAUAUUUUGAUAUUUCCAUUUAGUGUUUUCUGUUUUUAUUUCAGAUAUCUA